AUGUCAGCGUUAAUCUCAGCGGUGGUGGCGCCAGGAGAGGCGGAAUCAGUUCCACUCCAUCUAUCCAUCGUGGGAGACCACACACCUGAGCGGACCGCAUCAAGCAUAUCUAGCCGGCCAGAGCAGAAGCCUCUCGUCCGUAUCACAAACAUCCCGGCACCGCACGUCGGGCACAUCCGCGUCCUGGAGCUCAACCGGCCAUCCGCUCGCAACGCAAUAUCCACGGCGCUGCUCUCAGCCCUCGCCGCAGAGGUGGCGGCCGUCCGGACCGCGUGCGAGGGCGUCGCAACAGGCGCUUCGACGAGCUCUGGCCCCACACGGGCGUUGAUAAUAACAUCUGCCGACGACAGGUCCUUCUGCGCGGGCGCUGACCUCAAGGAGCGGGGGACCUUCACGGCAGAGGACACCCGCGCCUUCCUGAACUCAUUGAGGCAGACAUUCAAGGCACUUGAGGACCUCCCCAUCCCCACCAUAGCUGCUGUGGCCGGGCCAGCACUCGGCGGUGGGCUGGAGCUGGCGCUUGCGGCGCAAUUUCGCGUCGUUUCCUCGACUGCCAGCUUUGCCCUUCCUGAAACGCGGUUAGGGAUCGUCCCUGGCGCCGGCGGAACAUAUAGAUUGGCCGCGCUUAUCGGGAAGUCAAGGGCGAGUAAACUGGUGCUAACGGGCCGGAAGAUUAGUGGGAGGGAAGCAUUCGACCUGGGCGUCGCAGAUGAACUGGUAGAUGUCUGCAACGACGGUGAGGCGAGUGCGAGGGCGAUGGUCCUUGGAGCUUCCAUAGAUUUGGCGCGAGAAAUCUGUGAAAGCGGGCCUCUAGCAACGACGAGCGCGUUGCAAGUCAUGCGUGACCCCAGCGAAGAAGCCGAGGGCACGGCGUAUGAAAAGCUGUUGAAAUCAAGAGACCGGGACGAGGCUUUGCAAGCCUUCGCAGAAAGGAGGGCGCCGGUAUUCACAGGGAAAUGA